AACUAUUCUGUGCUCUGAUUGGUCGACAGAAGUGUGACGACAAGGUGGGCGCAGAUGUACGUGUGGUGUAGACCGAGAAGCAAGAUUAACUAUAGAUUUAUCUGAACAUAAACACAGGAGAUCUUGUUAGAGUCUUGUCGCUAAGUUCCAUUUAAUCUCAUUUCAAAUACAGACCAGGUCGCUCUGCACUAAGAAGUUUAACAUCAAGGCUGGAUGACACUGGUGUGAUUUGAUCAUUUGACAAGUCUACUGAACUACUAGCAUGUUAAGGGUGCAUAUUUAUGCGAUAAGCGUCUUUAUUUUUUAUUUUCAGCACAAGGCCACAUUUCAGAGACAAAAGUUAAGACUAAACUGUCCAACAACAUACAAAGCAAUCAGGAUGAUCUUCACUCGUUACACUGUUGUAUUUGCACAUUUAAGCAACAAUGCUAUUGUAAUAAAACGCUAUUGACAGAGGGUCAUUCCGAGGCAAAACUUUUACUUUUUAUUUUUUAAGUGGUCUAUUUAGCUGAUGAUAAGUGAAGUCAUCAUUAUUCGUAUUGCACAUUUAAAGCAGCAGCGAGAAUUACUCAGAAAUAAUUGCCGUCGAUUUUUCUUAUUAAUAGAAAUCAAGUCGUUUCCAGAUAUUCCCAUUUGCAAAGAAUAUAAAUAAGACUUGAGUGUUGACGAUUUAAUGAAUAUGAGCUCCACCCAGUUUCAUCGUCACAUAAAACACUGGGGGCACAGCUGUAGACACCUUCCAGACUAUUUCCAUCCGACAGCAGAGGUUCACUUCACCUUUAAUACUAUUCUUAAAAGUAUCCAUAAAGAGUCUUUUCUGGCAAGUCUAAGUUGUGUCCCAACACAAUGCGCGCUGUGAAUGACAGUUUGUUUGUGGACGCGGAGGAUGCGGACAGAGAUGAGAGUUUGGCCAAAGUGGAGAUCGCGCUGCUCAGUGCCAUCUUCGUGAGCGCCGCAAUCCUCAACACCGCGCUGCUGCUGAUCCUCUGGAGGCAGCGCAAACAGAUGACCAGGAUGCGCAUCUUCGUGUUCCACCUGUGCCUGGCGGACCUGGUGGUCGCUUUCUUCCAGGUGUGUCCGCAGCUCAUGUGGGACAUCACGGACAGAUUCGUGGGUCCAGACCUCGUGUGCCGUGUCGUGAAGUACCUGCAAGUUCUCGGCAUGUUUUCGUCCACCUACAUGAUCGUGGUGAUGACGGUCGACAGGUACCAAGCAGUCUGCAACCCGAUGGUAAAGUUCCAGCGGACGCGCACAAGAUUGAACAUCCCGGUGUGCGUGGCGUGGGGGAUUUCCCUGCUGGGCAGCUUGCCACAGGUUUUCAUUUUCUCACAGGUCGAAGUUGAACCCGGAGUGUUUGACUGCUGGGCUAAUUUCAUCCAACCAUGGGGGCUGCAGACCUACAUCACCUGGACCACGCUCGUCAUUUUUGUCCUACCGGUCAUUACAGUUACUGUUUGUCAAGUGCGCAUCUUCAGAGCCAUCCAGAUCAACCUGUACCAAAAGACCCAACAGCUGGGAAGCGUUGGUGUCCCGCUGCCUUCCCGAGCCAGCGGUGUGGCCGGCAUGUCCAAGGCCAGGGUGAAGACACUGAAGAUGACGGUGGUCAUAGUUCUGGCUUACAUCAUCUGCUGGGCUCCCUUCUUCACUGUCCAGCUGUGGUCCGCCUGGGACAUAAAUGCACCUAAAGAAACUGCGACUUUCACCAUCCUGAUGCUGCUGGCCAGCCUGAACAGCUGCGCAAACCCCUGCAUUUACCUCCUGUUCAGCGGUCAGUUUCCAAAGAGGCUGGUGACGCUCCUGUGUCGGCGGCAUUCCGAAGGUAAAGAGUCGAUGCAUGAGGAGGCGACGCUGGUCAGCACUUUGUAUAUGAGCUUCAAGAAUGUCUCAGAGUCCAAGUGAGGUCAACGGCGGGCAGAAGAGGAGGAACGCAUACAAAGUCUGCGCGCCUCUUGAAGACAAUAUGCACUUUAUGUGUUAGACUGCCUGGCACAUGGACAUGAUGUGCGUCCAGAAACAGUCAACGAAAGCAAAUCAGAAAUGGGUGACCAGGUGUGAGAACUGAGCUCCAGAUGUGGUUGGAUUGUGAUAUCAUACAUUGGAAAAGAAAAAGUAUGGAUUCACAUGGAACAUGAUAUGAAACUGUGAGACAAUUUUGUUGUGAUAUAAAAUAUUCUUCACAUUUAAUAGAAGCUGGAUAUGAACUUCAGGAGCACUUACGUUUUUUCAGACAACUUCCCUGAUUACAUUCAGCUGUAUUUAUUUUGCACAAGUGGGAUUUUAGCCAAAGUGUCAGUAAUUAAAGUAGGGUAUGUUAAGUUAUACAACAGUUCUUGGAGUUGAGAUAGGGUACUGGACAUGUUGCAUCUGUAGCUUCAUUUUCCAAAGGAAAAGCUGUAAAAAAGAGUGAAAGUGAACACAAAUAGAGACAUGCUUUUUACAACAUGAAUAUAUGACUGCCACAAACAUGUUGUUGUGACGUUACUGUAUUUAAACACUGUAAAAUACAUUUGUCAGUUGUGUAAAUGUUCCCUGUGGUGAAUACUCGUUUUAAAACUACAUACUCAGUGAAUGUAUGUGUAAAUAUUGUUUAUGCUGUAGAACGAGUGUGAAAUAAAAUCAUA